UCGAGAGCCGUUUUAGCUUGUAACAACGUUACCUGUGCUCUCAUAUCCACCACCUUUACUUCCUUGAACCAACUACGACGUGUCGAAGAUGAUCACCACGGCCUUGACUGAGCUGUGCGGGAUUCGAGUCCCUAUCGUUCAGGGUGGCAUGCAAUGGGUCGGCAAGCCGUCGCUCGCAGCUGCCGUCUCCGACGCCGGAGGACUUGGUAUCCUCACGGCUCUCACCCAGCCCAGCCCCGAAGCCCUCCGCGAGGCGAUCCGGGAGACACGCAAGCUGACGGACAAGCCCUUUGGCGUGAACAUCACCCUCCUACCAUCCAUCAACCCGCCGGACUACGAGGGGUACGCGAAAGCUGCAGUGUCGGAGGGAAUCAGGAUCUUUGAGACUGCCGGUAACAACCCCGGACCGCUCAUCAAGUUCUUCAAGUCCAAGGGGUGCAUCGUCAUUCACAAGUGCACGACCAUUAGACACGCCAAGUCCGCCGAGCGCAUGGGCGUUGACGUUCUCAGCAUCGACGGAUUCGAGUGCGCCGGUCACCCCGGAGAGGAGGAUAUCGGUGGCGUCGUACUGCUCGCCAGAGCCGCUCAGGAGCUCAAGAUACCCUAUAUCGCCUCGGGAGGGUUCGCAGACGCACGGGGUCUUGUCGCUGCCCUUGCUUUGGGCGCUGCGGGGGUUAACAUGGGCACGCGUUUCAUGUGCACAGUCGAAAGCCCCAUCCACCAAACCAUCAAAGAAAAAAUCGUCGCCUCCUCCGAGCAAGACACGGUCCACAUCUUCCGCUCGCUGCGCAACACCGCGCGCGUCUUCCGGAACAAAAUCGCGAGCGAGGUCGUCGCGCUCGAGCGCCGGCCCGGCGGCGCCAAGUUCGAGGACCUCCGCGAGCUCGUGUCCGGCGUGCGCGGGCGCGUCGUGUACGAGAUCGGCGACCCCGACUACGGUAUCUGGACGGCGGGCAUCGCGAUGGGUCUUAUCGAGGAUAUUCCGACGUGUGAGGAGCUGCUUAAGCGGAUUGAGAGCGAGGCAGAGGCCGAGAUUGAGAGGAUGGGGAGGAUGGUUAGGGUGAAGAGCAAGCUGUAGGUGACUUGAGGUUGCAGAGGGGAGUUUUAGGACUCUGAUACCUUGGGAUGUCUUAAUGUUGUAAUUUAUCCUCAACAC